CCCCCACCUUCCCACUUUCUCCCGUGCAGCCGAGGCGCUUUUCGUCUCCAAAGCCUGUCUCCAGAAGCAUGUCCUCACACAUGCAGCCUCGGUGCGAUGAAGCGAACCAAAAGGCGCCACCAGCUUGACAGCAUGAAAGCAGUGGCCAUGGCUAUUAACCAUGAAGCUGGAGCGAGACCCUCCCAUCGCUUCCUUCCGUCAAACAGAGCCUCUCUGGUGCUAUAUUGAACACACACUCUCUGAGUAUGCCAUCCAAGUGCGAGAAAGCCCAACGGACCGCUUAACACCCGCUAUUCCAUCUGAGUAGGAGGUGGCAACAAAAGACCAAAUGCCAUGGAUGUAUUUAAUUUCACUUACUGGAAUGCCUCCAAAGGCAAUGGCACAGAAGUUGUGGAAGAGAGCGAAAGCGCCUACAAGACUGUGGAGGUGGUGUUCAUCGUGCUGGUGGCCGGUUCUCUCAGUUUGGUUACAGUUAUUGGAAAUAUCCUGGUCAUGCUUUCCAUCAAAGUUAAUAGGAACUUACAGACGGUCAACAACUACUUUUUAUUCAGCCUCGCAUGUGCUGACCUGAUUAUUGGACUGUGCUCUAUGAACUUGUACACAGUCUACAUCGUAAUGGGCUACUGGCCCCUGGGCCCGGUGGUGUGCGACUUGUGGUUGGCCUUGGACUAUGUUGUCAGCAAUGCGUCUGUCAUGAAUCUUCUCAUCAUAAGCUUUGACAGAUAUUUCUGUGUCACCAAGCCCCUUAGCUACCCCGUCAAGAGGACCACCAAGAUGGCGGGAAUGAUGAUUGCAGGAGCCUGGGUCCUGUCUUUCAUCCUGUGGGCACCAGCUAUUCUCUUCUGGCAGUUCAUUGUCGGUGGGCGGACAGUGCCUGAGAGGGAGUGCUACAUACAGUUCUUCUCCAAUGCUGCAGUCACUUUUGGCACCGCCAUUGCCGCCUUUUACCUGCCUGUCAUCAUCAUGAUUCAGCUCUACUGGCAGAUCUCCAGAGCAAGCAAGAGCCGCGUGAAGAAGGAUGUCCGCAAGCCCUCAGCAGCCAAACCAGAGCCCCUGUCGCCUACUCAGAGGAAUAACACUCCAAAACCCAACAAUAACAACGUACAGGGGGAGGACACAGGUGGCUGCCAGAGCCAGAGUGCCAAGGAUGAAGCUAACCAUCACGAUGGAAAACUGCAAAAUGGCAAGGGACCUUCCUCGACAAAUGCUGAGGGAGAAACCGAAGGUGACGAUGUGGCGAGGGAGAACUGCGCUCCUGGAGAAGAGAAGGAAAGCUCCAAUGAAUCAACAUCUGGCAGUGUGGCUGCAUCCAAUCAGAAGGAUGAAGAGGCGGGACCCUCCGCCGCUAACUCCAGUGCUGAAACGAGCCAGCCCCUCCCCCGCCAGCGAGCCAAGGCAGGGGGCUCCAAGCUGACCUGUAUCAAGAUCAAGAGUAAAUCGCCCAAGGGUGACUGCUACACCCCAACAAACGCCACCGUUGAGAUCGUCCCGGCCUCAGAGCGGCAGAAUCACGUGGCGCGGAAGAUCGUGAAGAUGACAAAGCAACCUCCCAAGAAGAAGAAAGGACCGCCAUCACGGGAGAAAAAAGUGACCCGCACCAUAAUGGCCAUCCUGGUAGCUUUUGUUGCAACCUGGACUCCUUACAAUGUGAUGGUGCUUAUAAACACCUUCUGCUCAAGCUGCAUCCCCAACACAAUGUGGACUAUCGGCUACUGGCUGUGCUACAUCAACAGCACCAUCAACCCAGCCUGCUACGCUCUGUGCAAUGUCACGUUCAAAAAGACAUUCAAGCAUCUUCUCCUCUGCCAAUAUAAAAAUAGUAGGUCAGCCAGAUAAAUAUGGGCCACUUAGGAGGAAGAGUUGAAGUAUGAGUUGUCCGUUUGUGUGUGCCAUCUGUGUGUUUGUGUUUGUGUGUGUGAGUGUGUGUGUUUGAGUUCUGUGAGCAUGAUAAAGCCUGCAUGAGUCCAUUCGACAUUAGUUCCCUUCAUUUUAUCCUUUUGUUUUCCAAUUUCCCUCUAAAAAAUUGGUUGUAGCACUUCACACAAAUUUAACUGAUUCCAGUUGUGUCGAGAUGUGUCGUGCAGAAGCAGAACAGAUUAGGAAGGUUGCGCAAAAUUAAGUUUUACUCAAGUGUUGUAAGCUAAAAAAAUCAGGCUGUGUAAAGCACGGAGCACUUGGGAGUGACACUGAGCUGAUAAAAAAUGAGGAACGAUAAAGAGCAGAGGAAGAUCUGCACUGUACGAAAACACACAACUUCAAAUGGGAAAAUAGGGCUGACUAUCUUUUCAAACCUAAGAAGUUUGACGUUCAGUAGAGAUACAUGUAGAUAACUGUACAUAUCAGUGUAGACUCAAUAUUUAUGUCACAUGUGGAUGUGUGCUGACUCUGAGUAUGUGUGUACACUCAUGUUUGCCCCUCUUCUUACUGUCUGUCUGUGAUCUUUAUCAUGGCACUUCCAACCAGCCACAUGUAGAGUAAAGUGGGGCAGCUUGCGUAGAUUGCCUCUUUAGUGGUUACAUUAGGGCUGGAAGAUAUUCCAUCUGCUUAUGAGCCCCUGUGGGUCGCCAUCAAUACAAAA